CUUCGGCCGCACCCACUGCGGCUGCUCAGUAAGCCAAGCACGGGCCCUCCGGUGCACAGCCCGCCCCCGCCGCGGAGGUGCCGGUGGAGCUAGAUAUCGGGCGAGUCUCCGCCCCGCUUUUGCAGCUAGGGGUGUGUUUCAGGGGGGAUUGGGGGCAAACCAAGCAGGCGAGGACCCGGGCCUGUGCCGCUGUUUGCCUAUCCCUCAUCCCUCGGCACCAAGGCUACUCGAGCCCCAGGGUGUUUUUUGCCUUGUUCCCGCCACCUCCUAGUCCCUGGCCCAACAUGAUACUGACCAAAGCUCAGUACGAGGAGAUAGCCCAGUGCCUAGUGUCUGUGCCGCCCACCAGGCAGAGCCUGAGGAAGCUGAAGCAGAGGUUUCCCAGUCAAUCGCAGGCCACUCUGCUGAGCAUCUUCUCCCAGGAGUACCAGAAACACAUUAAAAGAACACAUGCCAAACAUCAUACUUCGGAAGCAAUUGAAAGUUAUUACCAGAGGUACCUGAAUGGAGUGGUGAAAAAUGGAGCUGCCCCAGUGCUCCUGGACCUGGCCAAUGAGGUGGACUAUGCACCCUCAUUAAUGGCUCGGCUUAUACUGGAGAGGUUUCUACAGGAACAUGAGGAAACUGCACCCUCCAAGUCUGUUAUAAAUAGUAUGCUACGGGACCCUUCUCAGAUUCCAGAUGGAGUUCUAGCAAAUCAGGUCUAUCAGUGCAUUGUGAACGACUGCUGUUAUGGACCACUGGUGGACUGCAUCAAGCAUGCCAUUGGUCAUGAGCAUGAAGUCCUGCUGAGAGACUUACUUCUAGAGAAAAACCUGUCCUUCCUUGAUGAAGAUCAGCUCCGUGCAAAGGGUUAUGACAAAACACCAGACUUUAUUUUACAAGUACCAGUUGCUGUAGAAGGGCACAUAAUUCACUGGAUUGAAAGCAAAGCCUCAUUUGGUGAUGAAUGUAGCCACCACGCCUACCUGCAUGACCAGUUCUGGAGCUACUGGAAUAGGCCACUGAGUGAAGGGAGGACACAGGUUAUGACGGAGCAGUGAGUCUGAGAAGUAAAAGGCAUUGGUGCUGGAGAUGGAGGACAGGGGCACCGAUUAGGUCCUCCUGACCUCUUGGCCACCUCGGCAGAAUCCUGCCUUUUAGCAGAGCCAGGAUACCUUCUGCAAAUGCAUUGUGUUGCCAUAAUGAAAAUGCUUCUGUAUGAAACUCCAGACCCAGUCACCUGAGCACUUCACUUCUUUCUGAGGAGGAUCCAGAGCCUAGAAAAGAUUUGUGUGUUGGUUUGUGAUGGUGGUGUGGUGGGGGCACAGGAGACGGGAAGAAGAAACAAACCCAAACCAAAAAACCUAUGUGGCUAUGACUGUCAUCUUAGAAUUCUUAGGGAACUACAUUUUUAUAUGUUCCUUAUGGCAAAAAACGGUUGAGACCAUUAGGAACCUCCUUCAUUCGUCCCAUGAAACAGUGCGAUUUUAUUCUAUAAAUCCAAAUGCUAAUUAUUAACAACAGCUGUAGUAAUCCAUUGCAUUUAUACAGCACCUCCACAUUCAUUAUUUUGUUUGAGCCUAACCACUCCUCUAGGAAACUGAAAGCAUUUUAAUGGAUAGGAAAGCAAAGGCUCAGAAAGAUAAAGUGACUUGUCCAAUAUUAAUCCAUUAGUGUCAGAGCCAGGAUUGCAGCAUUUACUGUGUACCAGGCAUCCGAGGAUGGGUUUGAUUCCUUCCCUCAAGGUGCUUACAGUCUGUGACGUGUGGGGUGGAGGGUGAUGUUCCUGAUAGCUCAAUGCUUAACGUACAACAGGAGGGAGCACUGAGGCAGUGGCCUGAGCUCAGUCUGUGGGAGGAGACCUGUUUUGAUCCAGCUGCCCUCAUUCCAAGUAAGGGCAGUUUUAAGAAUUAGCUGUUUGGCCAAUUGAAAAAUAUCUUCCGAUUUUAACUCACUGAAUUGCCAGUUCUAAAACUUUUUAAGACAUAGUUAUACUAUAAUUAUAAAAGAGGCCAACCUUAUAACUCAACUGCUGAAAAGGGAGACAAAGACCUACAAAACGUAUUAGGAAAAGCCAUGGGGAUCAGCAGGUGGAGGUGUGGGGCGAGCUAGGUGAACAACUCAAACAUAAAAAAGCAAACAGAAUUACAGGUAGGACAAGAAAAAGCAUCUUUUUUUUUUUUUUGCUAAUAUGAAAUGCCAAAACCUCCCCUUUUAUUUUUUAUAUUUUUGUCUUGAAACAUUAAAAUAAGUGAACAACCCAACAUUUAGAUGGUACUGGGUAAGGGAAACCCAGUCUGAUUGAUUUAGGUAUUUUAAAUUUUAGAUCAAUAUCCACAACAUGAAUAUUUUUACUACUUGACUAAGUGUUCUUUAUGUUUGCUUUUACCAAGAACUUCAUUCCUUCUAUUUUUAUUGAUAAAGGCAUGUAUAUGUGCUUUUACUAUAUAUAUAUACACACACACAUAUAUAUAUGGCACUAAUAGAGUUAAAAUAGGCAUACAUGUGGUUGAGAAGAGAUUUAAUUCAUCUCUUAAUGCCAUGGAAAUUCCUGGGUAUUCCUGAAAACAAUGUUCUAAAAGCACCUAGUGUUGCCUAGGUGGAAGGUUCUAAAGUUAAUUUGAGAGCCAGGCACAGCAGCUCACACGUAUAAUCCCAGCACUUUAGGAGGCCAAGGUGUGUGGAUUGCUUGAGGCCAGGAACUUGAGACCAGCCUGGGCAACAUGG